AAGACGGAAGCAUCUGAUUAGUGUGCGCAGUCAAGUGAUCUUUCUUUUGUUUUUUUUUAAGCGUCUCUUCUAGUUUCAAGUGUUAAACAAACGCGAUGGAAAGAGCAGGCGGCAAAGCUGAUCGACCAGUUGGACGCGGUGCACUCGCGACGCUAAACCGCGAUGGAAGUGCUGGUUCCCGUGCGGGUCGUGGAGCCGUGCGCGCUAACCGUUUUCUACCGGAACUGGUGGUCACGCGUGACUCGAACGCUCCAUCGAAGCAGGGUGUGCUAGGCACAAAAAUCGUUCUGCAGGCUAACUAUUUCCGACUGACGCGAUCGGAAAACAUGUGCGUCUUUCAGUAUCGAAUCGAUUUUGAACCGAUCAUUGAAGAUGUGGGACUCAUGCACGCACUCAUUAAAUCGCAGGGACCCGUACUGGGCCCAUACAUCUUCGAAGGGACAUUGCUGUUCCUCUACAACAAGCUACGCUCGGACGAGUUGGAGCUGCAGGUCCGAGACUCUCGCACGGAGAACCUGUACAAAAUGAAAAUUCGUCAUGUCGGCACGGUCGAUAUGCAGUCCACGAUGGGGCUUAUGAUCCUCAAUUUGAUGCAGCGCCAGGCGAUGAACAGCCUGGAGUUGUUGGUCAUGAACCGACACCACUUCGAUCCAAAGGCGAAAAUUGCCAUUCCGCAGUACAAUCUGGAGCUCUAUCCGGGGUACAUUACGUCCAUUCGCCAGCACGAAAAGGACGUGCUGCUGUGCGUUGAGAUAACGCAUCGUGUGCUGCGAACCGAUACGGUUUACAAAAUGCUCAACGACCAGCGCAAUGUUCCUGGUCCGUACCAAGAUAAUUUCAAGCGUACGAUCAUCGGAUCCAUUGUCAUGUGCACAUACAAUUCCAAGACCUACAGAAUUACGGAUGUGGAUUUUAAUACCACUCCCUCAACGAGCUUCUCUAAGAAGGAUGGUGGAAGCAUUACUUUCAUGCAGUACUUUAAGGAUACGUACAACGUAACGAUCCGAGAUCCGAGGCAACCGAUGUUGGUUUCGACACCGACGAUGCGCAUGCAGCGAUCCGGUAUCACGACGCCAAUUCUAUUGGUGCCGGAGCUGUGUCGCAUGACAGGCAUUACAAAAGAAAUGAGAAAUAACUACAACCUGAUGAGCAGCAUUGCCGAUCAUACGCGCAUUGGUCCGGACCAGCGGUUGGAGCGACUGGAUCGGUUCAACCGACGCCUCCAGGAGACGGCCGCCAGCCGCGAAGUGUUCAAGUUUUGGAAAACGGAGCUCGAUCGUCGCGUUGUGGAAUUGCCCGCCCGUAUCAUUGAUAGCGAGUUCAUUAUGAUGUCGAAGCAAGUUCCCGUUGGAUUUGAUGCGGAUUGGAGUAAGGCAUUCCGCGACAAUCGGAUGUUUAAGUCGAUUGCAUUGAAGCGCUGGUUUCUGGUAUGCGAGCCGAGCAAGCAAAGGAUGGUCGAGGACUUUGUCACGGCGAUGUUGCAAGUCGCUCCGCCGAUGGGAUUUCAGCUGGACAGACCGGAAAUCGUCAAUAUACCCAACGAUUCACCGCAAGUGUACCGCCAGAUCCUGGGACAGCUGGUCAAUCGCGAUCCACCGUUUAUUAUGUGCUUGGUGAGCAACGAUCGCGCUGAUCGGUACAGGGAGAUCAAGAAGAAGUGCUGCGUGGACAGGGCCAUUCCAACGCAGGUCAUCAAGGCGCGCACGAUCAGUAAACCAAUGAAAGGCCUAAUGACGGUGGCCACUAAGGUUAUCAUUCAGCUGAAUUGCAAACUCGGAGGAGUGCCUUGGGUAACCAGAAAUCCGAUGAAGCACAUCGUGAUCCUCGGCUACGAUGUCUGCCAUGAUACACGGAACAGAUCGAAAUCCUACGGAGCAAUUACGGCCACCAUGUUUGACAACGAUUCGCAAGAUCCUCGCCAGUUUUCGUGCGUCGAGCAUCAUGGGAAGGGUGAGGAGUUGUCUAACUUUAUGUCCGCUAGCGUGACGAAGGUGCUUCGUGCGUACCAGCGCGAGUUUGGUCCGGAUCGGCUGCCACGUCGUUUCCUUCUGUACCGUGAUGGUGUUGGCGAUGGUCAGUUGCAGCAGGUGGUGGAGCAUGAGGUACAGGCUAUCAAGAAGCGCUUGGAUGCCGUGUACGAAAACUAUCAACCGCACAAGCCGCUGCUGGGUGUGAUCGUGGUGAGCAAGCGGAUCAACACGCGAUUGUUCGCGAAGGGACGUAAUCCAGUACCGGGUACGGUGGUUGAUGACGUCAUCACACUUCCAGAAAGAACGGACUUUUUCCUGGUUUCCCAAUCGACUCGCCAGGGUACGGUGUCCCCAACAUCGUACAACAUCGUUUUCAACGAGCUCGGCCUCUCAACGGACCAGAUACAGAUAUACACGUACAGGCAAACGCUGAUGUACUACAAUUGGUGCGGUGGCGUCCGUGUGCCCGCUGUCUGCCAGUACGCCCACAAGCUGGCCUUUCUUGUGUCGCUAUACCUCGAACAACACCCGCACGAGCAGCUGGAAAAAUCUCUCUACUAUCUGUAACUCUACCCAGGCAGCGAUUCCUUUGCGGUGGAAAAGAUGUCUUCAUGGAAGAUCAUUUCGUUUUUGGACAAACUUAUUUAACCACUUUGGACAUUUUUUUCUUUAUUCUACAAUUUUCAAAAAUAUAAAAUUGUACUCAUCGUUACUUUACCGAGCAAUAAACACGAACG